GACAAACACAACAGCAGGUUGAGACGUCCCUGUCAACUCCAGAGAAGCGGGUCUGCAGCAGGAGCCGAGCGGUGCCGCCUUCACAAGCCUUUACUUACCCCUGAACACUUCCUGCGGCUGCUUCGUUUCUACACCGAAAAGCGACAACUGUUACUUUGGGACCCGGAGGGGACAGGGUUGGUGGAGUGUAGUCUAUUUAAGCGACUGAGCUUUCAGUUCCCCAGUGUGUCUCUGCUCACCUGAACAUGGCUUCAACCACCUGCACCAGGUUCACCGACGAGUACCAGCUCUACGAGGAGCUGGGGAAGGGGGCGUUCUCUGUGGUGAGACGGUGCAUGAAGAUUUCCACAGGCCAGGAAUACGCUGCCAAAAUAAUCAAUACUAAGAAGUUGUCAGCCCGGGAUCACCAGAAGUUGGAGCGGGAGGCCCGGAUCUGUCGCCUGCUGAAGCACGCCAACAUUGUGCGGCUCCAUGACAGCAUAUCAGAGGAAGGAUUCCACUAUCUGGUGUUUGACUUGGUGACCGGCGGAGAGUUGUUUGAGGACAUAGUUGCCAGGGAGUACUACAGCGAAGCCGACGCCAGUCAUUGCAUUCAGCAGAUCCUAGAGGCUGUGCUCCACUGCCACCAGAUGGGCGUGGUCCACCGCGACCUCAAGCCAGAGAAUCUUCUGUUAGCCAGCAAGCUGAAGGGGGCCGCGGUGAAGCUGGCAGACUUCGGCCUGGCUAUAGAGGUGCAGGGGGACCAGCAAGCAUGGUUCGGGUUUGCUGGUACACCAGGCUACCUGUCUCCAGAGGUGCUGAGGAAAGAUCCGUACGGCAAGCCAGUGGACAUGUGGGCCUGCGGUGUGAUCCUCUACAUCCUCCUGGUGGGAUAUCCUCCAUUCUGGGAUGAGGACCAGCACAGACUCUACCAACAGAUUAAAGCUGGAGCUUAUGAUUUCCCCUCUCCUGAGUGGGACACGGUGACUCCAGAGGCCAAAGACCUGAUCAACAAGAUGCUGACCAUCAAUCCCGCCAAGAGAGUGACGGCCACAGACGCUCUCAAACACCCCUGGAUCUGCCAACGCUCCACGGUGGCGUCCAUGAUGCACAGACAGGAGACGGUGGAGUGCCUGAAGAAGUUCAACGCUCGGAGGAAACUCAAGGGUGCUAUCCUGACUACCAUGCUGGCCACUCGCAACUUCUCAGCAGCCAAGAGCCUGCUGAACAAAAAAGCAGAUGGAGUCAAAAAAAGGAGGACGGAUGGAGUGGAAUAUUUGAGGAUCAACAACAAGACCAAUGUGGUCACCAGCCCCAAAGAGCCUGUCCCCACUCCUUCUCUGGAGCCCCAAACCACUGUUAUCCACAACCCAGCUGAUGGAAACAAGGAGUCCAGUGAGAGUGCCAACACAACCAUCGAGGACGAAGAUGUGAGAGCUCGUAAGCAGGAGAUCAUUAAGGUCACGGAGCAGCUGAUCGAGGCCAUCAACAAUGGAGACCUAGAGACCUACACGAAGAUCUGUGACCCAGGCCUCACCUCCUUUGAGCCGGAGGCCCUGGGUAACCUGGUGGAGGGAACCGACUUCCACCGCUUCUACUUUGAGAACGCUCUGUCCAAAUCCAGACAGCCCGUCCACACCAUCCUGCUGAACCCCCACGUCCACCUGAUCGGGGACGAGGCAGCCUGCAUCGCCUACAUCCGUCUCACCCAGUACAUCGACAGCAACCGCAUGCCCCGCACCAUGCAGUCCGAGGAGACCCGCAUCUGGCACCGCCGCGACAGCAAGUGGCAGAACAUCCACUUCCACCGCUCCGGAUCGCCCACCGUGCCCACCAAUUGAGAGGACCAUCUUUGAAAUACCCUCCAACCUACAACCGUCAGCUGAACAGACCCCGCCUCACACGUCCAAUCAGAUCCCUCAGCCAACCCCACCCACCAUAGCUAGAGCUCCGCCCCCUCAGUGUGUUGUUUACAUAUGGUCACGGCUGGACUGUUGAAAAAGAAAAAAAAAGGUGGAACUUCUCGAUCAUUUUGUAGUGAGAGUGUGUGAUGUUCUUUGCGAGACUUUUUUAGAUCAGUAUGUUUUAAAUAGAAGUGGUUUUCAGAGGACCCCCCCCCCCCCCACACACACACACACACACACACACACUUUAAAUGAAUUAUGUGAACCUUCCAGUCAUCGUGUAGUGACAGUUUUUCUUUGAAUAUUGCACAUAUUGAGGACUCUUGAUGUUUAUGCCUUUUGGCACAAUGACCAAUAUAUCACAUAUCUGCUUUUUACUCAUGUAUCUUCUCAGAGCUGCCAUCCAUCAAAGGUCAGGCACACGCUUGCUUUAGUUUUGGUGAUGUGUACGUUUUGGUAAUGAUGUAAAUCGCUCUUUGCUUAAUCUUGUGACAACGUUGUUAGCAACUUUUACAAAUCUGUUUUCUGGUUUGCCACUGGCACCAAAUAUGUUUACUGGGAAUUUUUAAGUACAUGUUUGAAAGGGAAAAUCAAUUAAAGCGUGUUUUCUUUUGUCCGUUUGAACCUCCAUCAUCACAAGGCAGUGAGUGAGGAGAGUCUCCUAUGAUAGAAUGUAUCACUGCAUACAUAUAACUCUUAGAGGCCAUUCUAUGACUCUUUCCAGUCAGAUCAUAUUUUCAUACAGUAAGAAAUAAUUAUGUGAAUUUUAUCAGCUAUUUUGUUGUUUACUUUUGACAUUGUGAUGUAAAUGCCUGUCCCUUGGUCUCUCAUUAUACCUGCUUUCCUUUCAGCCCUUCAACCUGUAUUCUAGGUUUGACUGGUGUACGCCAAUGUUUAAAGCACCAGACUCAAGUAGAAAUUAUGUUGACACUGACAGGAAAGCCACUGACAGGAAAGCCACAUUCAACUGAGAGCUUUGGUUUGGAAAUAAGUUAGCCAUUCAUUUCCAUGAUGAGGGAGAUGUGUUUCGUGGCAUAAAUCACAUUGUAGUCAUUUGACUUUACUGUGUUAUUGUAAUGUCACUAUAAAAUAAAAUGGAAACGGGGAUUGUAGAAUACACUUGCGAAUUCAUAUCUUAAGGUUCAUAAUUGAAAGCACUUCAGAUUAGUUAUUGGCAAAUGCCAGUGAAAAAAAAAAAAAAAAUCAGAAUAAAAGCAUGGGUAAAAGUCACAUGGUGUUCACUUCUGAUUAUGUUUGUGUUCAGGAUAUUAAGAUUGUUUCCUUGGAAAACUGUUUGCAUUCCUUUGUUUAAUCACAUCUCAUAACACACACUUUCUAUCUUUCUAAGAUGCAUUUACAUUCCUGGCACUGGUUAUCUAAUGUUUCCGUGAUGGGACAAGCCUGGUGUAUGUUUUAGAAAUAUAAAAACAUAUAUAUAACAAAUGA